GUGAGGCAGAGGAAAAAAGUAUGCGUAAAAAUACGUGAUAUAACACCGCUACGCGGAGGCUGAAAUAGAUUGAUCAUUGGAUCGUGGCUUGGAUCUUGGAUGUAUGCAUGUGUGAAUAUCCUACGCGGCGGCGGUGAUUCAAUUCGUGGUGAAUCGCAGGCCAGUAUAUUCGCAAAUACGUAGAUCCGUCAGACAUGGAGAUUAUUCUGCAUCGCCACCGAUCAAUCAUGCAUCAAAAUGUCAGCCGGCAUGCUGCAUGACGAGAGUUUAAAAAACGAAAAGCUGCAUGGUUAUUGGUGUUGUUUUAUGCGAUCUGCGUUGUAGAGACUCAAAGAGGCGACGGAUGGCGUGCCGUAAUCGUCGUUGUCGAAUUUCAGGUAAAGAAUAAAAUCAAACAAAGAUGAUGGGACGAAACAAGUGUCCGAACUGUGGGGAAUACACAAACGCAUCGUCUUCGCGCCUCAUCGAAGAUGCUUGUGGGCACAGGAAAUGUCGAAUUUGUCUGGUCGAUGAGGAGGACGGAUGUAAGACUUGCCAGAAUACGCCACACAUUCAGAAGAUCGGCAACUUUGACUAUCCGGUACACUUUUUGUCACUGGAAUCUGAGCCUCCAGAUUCUAGCGAAUCGAACCUUUGUACUGUGAAAGAAGAAACUGCCUUGCAGCCUUUGGAACUUGUGAUGAACAAGACGCUAGACCACGAUCGAGUUCUAUUCGACGAGCAAGAUUCGUGCGAGUCGGAGAGUUCUGGUCGCCGAUUGGAAUGGGUCGAUGAUCAGAAGAUGAGCACUGAAAGUAUAACCGGGAUAUUGAACUCGAAUCACAACUCUGCGGCUUUGGCGCAACGAUAUGUUUCAUCUAAAACAGGUUUCGAUGCUGGCGAUCAAACCACGGAACCACAAGCACCUGUUAUCCUCCAAACUCGUGAGCAAAAAAUGGUGCCAUUGGAACUAGUCACCACCGUGCGAUUCUCUCCAAAAGCUGAAAACAAUCAUCAGAACACGCUAUCUCAGAUGAGAGAUAGUAACGAAAAAAAUGAUAAAAUAAUCGAUUGUCCCAACCAAGAAAAUUCAGAAAAAGUAAAGGGACGCAAAAAUAGUAAGCUGAAAAGGACUCAUAUAUCCGUUAUACCAGGACCGCAAGAAUCGUACAGAUGUAACAUAUGCGGCAAAACAUUUAAGAGCGCUACGGCACAGCGAUAUCACGAUUCCUGUCUCACUGGGAUAAAACCGUACAAAUGUACCAUAUGCGAUAGAAGUUUUGUCAAGCAGUCACACUUUCAGUAUCACGAACGAACGCACACGGGCUAUAAACCUUUCAAAUGUUCGACUUGUGGAAAAGCAUUUCCGCAGCGUAAUAAACUCAACAGGCAUCUUCAUUGUCACCAAGAUGAAAAACGUUACAAAUGUUCCAUUUGCGAGAAAGGAUAUAACAGUCAAAAUGAUUUGAAGAGUCACAUGAACAUCCAUACAGGCGUGAUGCCGUAUACAUGUCAAAUUUGUAAGAAAUCGUUUCGCGAAGCAACCAACUUGACACGUCACAUGCACACGCAUUCUAAUGAACGGCCUCAUAUGUGCGAGCAAUGCGGAAAGAGCUUCAAAGAUAAAAGCUUGUUGGUUCGUCACAGACGUACGCACGGCAAGGAACGUCCAUUUUCGUGCUCAGACUGCUCUAAAGUAUUUCUAGCCAAAAGCGAGCUGAGUCGGCAUCUCGCAGUGCAUUCCGACGACAAGCCAUUUCCUUGCCAGUUUUGCAGCACUGUAUUCAGACGAAAGGACAAUCUUAAUCGGCAUACGAGACAUCAUCAUUCGGAGGAUCAAACCUCAACUGUUGAAAACAAAACUAAAAACCGGGAGGACGAGACUCGACCGGUGAAAUCAAAGCCAGUUAAUACUUCUAAACCAAAAACGAAACCAAAAGGAAAGCAGAGAGCCAUUUCGACUGCGUUACCAAAGAGUCCGUGUAAAAUGUCACUUCAUUACCUAAAUUCUCACGCGCAAAUUGACUCUCAAUUGGAUUGCAGAAGUAACGUUACACCGGUUAUAAGGACGACUACAGAGUUGAGUAAUGCUGUGCCGGUAAUCAAUGGACCAAUUAGUAUCAAACGACCAGAAGAAAAGAUAAAUUCUCCAAAGAAAGCCUUCACUCAUACAGAACCGAUUCCACUAGCUGAAGCAGUCGUUAUCAACCGUAGAAUCGAAGAGAAGUUAUAUCCCAAAACAAAUUUAAAUCACGACUGCUACUUCCAAUCUGACUUUUGCAACAGGAUUGACAGACAACAUUCGGUUCAUAAGAUAAUACCCCUUCGACCGAAUAUUUCCAACAAACCAAUGACGGUUGGCAAAGUUCAGAGCCCCGAGAGAUCGCAAAUCGAAGGACAGCUUAAAAAAAUGCAGCCUUCCCUACCCGAGAAGCUGCUUUUUUUGGAAAAUCAAAUUACGAAGCCUGAAACAGAUAAAACAUGGAUCGAAUGUCAGGACACAAAAGGCAUGAACAUACCAAGGCAUACAGUUCCAAAAAAACGUGCAAUAGAUCAGUUGAAAUCAGAACCCGAGGUUGAUGACGCUGCCAACUUCCUAACAGCUUUUUCACCGCAAACUCUGUCGAGCAGAAUCAAGUGUGAGCCGGAGAGAGCUAAUUGCGUACCUACCAUUACUAAAGCUAGGUAUGUAAAUAUCAGGGAUGACUUGAGAGAAUCUAAUUUAUUGGCCGCAGGCGGCCCUGAUAACUUUGCAUCAAAUGAAAUUAAUGCAAUACACGUAGAAGGUAUAGAAAAAUCGUCGAACGUUAAGAAAUUGAGCGAUAUACAUUGGAGAAGGAGGACAUCGGAGAUACUAAGACCUCGUGUACACGGGUGCAAUUCUUUUAUAAAUUGUCAAUUGUCUAAAUUAGAAGUGCCCAACGAAUUGACUGAUGUAAAUAAUGAUAGGGACUAGAAAAUAAUUUUAUUAACGCUUACAAAAUUUGGUCCGGUUAGAAGAUCGGAUUAUAUUGAAGGUAUGUGAUAUAAGAAAACUGAAAAGACUCGGAAUUGCGAAUGAUGUGAUAUUUUGAUUUAAUAAUGUUUAUUCUUAUUUUUAUAAGA